GUUCACCACCAAACACCAGUACUCAUACCAUGGCCAACUACGACAACGACCCCUUCUAUCUCAGAUUCUACACCGGCCACUCGGGCAAGCAUGGCCACGAAUUUCUCGAGUUUGAGUACUCGCAUGGCCGUCUUCGCUACGCGAACAACUCGAACUACCGGAAUGACAGCUUGAUCCGCAAAGAAAUGUGGAUUGGCCCUCUCGUUAUCAAGGAGCUCAAGCGCAUCGUUGAGUCGAGCGAGAUCAUCAAGGAAGACGACACCAACUGGCCUAAGAAGAACAUUGUCGGCAAGCAAGAGCUUGAAAUCCGCAUUGGUAAUGAUCACAUAGCGUUUGAGACUGCCAAAAUCGGUUCUCUGGUCGAUAUUCAGGACAGCGAGGAUCCCGAGGGCCUGCGUGUCUUCUACUAUCUUGUCCAGGACCUGAGAUGCUUCAUCUUUUCGCUCAUCUCUCUUCACUUCAAGAUCAAGCCCAUAUAACGAAUACGGCGUCCCGCACCAAAAGAAGAAGCUGCUAAUUUUGCCCUUAUGCUUGUGUAGUAGCACUACCUGUGUCGAUAGAUCUGUUCGCAAGAUAGCGCCCUUUGGACGAUUUUGAGACUUCUGUCAUGCUUUGAGACCAUGAGAAACCAAAACGUCUUCUUAACUACUAACUCCGUGAAGAAAACCCGAUGCGUUAUUUAUAGUGCUUCUGAGUAUGGUGGCGAGCGCACCCUCCUUUGACUAUUAUACAUGUGCUCGUGCUUUCAAUAUCCAACAAGAGGACAUGUUUGCAGAGCUCGAGGCUGUUACAACUAUCUGUGACUUCCGAGACAAAAUGAGAUACCGGCGGUUAGUUGUGCCUGUCACUAUCUGAGGAGGAGCCCACUCCCAGGUCAUUCAUUCUUUGCGAGUCACUGAACUUUCCUAGAUGGGCCGAUGGUCCCAAUGUGGCAGAGUCACUCCGUUCCAGAGUUCACUUCAUUCUCUUUCAUCGCGGCUUCUGAGCCAAUGUCAGAUGGUUUGCGGCCUUCGUGGUGCAUGCCUCAAUCUACGGGCCGCUCGAAUUCGAGUGAACUCUAUGUUUCCC